AUGCAUAUGCACUCACAGCACACCCCUGGAAAGAUAAGUAUCUCUGAACAGUCCAUCCUUUCCAGAAUAAACCCUGUCGAGAACGUAGAUUACCCACAUUACUACAACCUCUUAAGGAAAAUGAACAUGCCCAUUGUGAAAGGGGUGGAGGACAGACACGACUUUGGCAGGAUGGAAAAGAAAGGCAACCCCGCUUUCCUUAAAUUUCACCCGUAUCCCGCUUCGGGCGUGCCAAACUACCACUUACACCACCCUUACCCCCCACCGCGUGGGGCAGGUUUCCCAUUGUUUCCGCUGCGCGACGACGUGCCCCUAGGGGACCCCUGCUCGGGGUUUCUGAGCCCCGGGGCUGAUGCCGACUUAAAGCCUGGCGUUGGCAGAGCCAUACCAAGCCUGGCGGACUUCAGGGACGUGAAGCCCCAAGAGCGAGUCCCCAGGCCAGGCGCGGGACAGCAAACGGCGCUGAAGAGGCAAACGCUUUUCUUGGAAGAACUGAAACAAGACAGGAAAUGGAAUUCCAGGGCAACACCAGACAUUGCCAUCAGAGCGAGACUCGGAGGUUGGACGAGCCCACGGAAAGUCCCGCCUCCCCGGGCUCGGCACGAAGCGUGCUCAGUAAACCACACGCACACGUUCGACGAGGAAGCGACGUGCACGGAUGACGGCGAACCACUUUCACAACCCAACAAGAAGUAUAAUGCAAAGGACUGCUUUUAUAAGUCCUCUACACAAAAGGCUUACGAAGUCGUUCCCUGGGACGAGAUGCUGCCACCGAGACCCGGUCCAGAAGAAACGACGGUGGAGAAAGCCUCCGACCCGGUCGCACAGUGCUUCGCGCUGAAAAGAUACGAGAGGGCGCCCACCCUCACGCAGGUGGUCGGCGGACUCUGGGACAGGUUCCAGACGAGGUCGCUCUCGGCACCGGGCAAGCCAGUGAACUUCGUGAGCCCGAGUUCCCGGAGCAGAUACGUCCCGUGCUACACAGGCCACGUGCAGUCCACCGACGCCGACGCCGUGGACGACCCCUGUGGGGACAUCGCGUCCCUGGCCGAGCCGCGGCGCUCCCGAACCCUCCGCACGAACACAAGCUGCUCCGCGAACAUCCCGGGGUACACCGGCAGGGUCCACGUCACCGCCACCCACCCAGCCAACCCCGCCGUCCCGGCAGCCGCGCCCUCGCCGGACGCUGCAACGUACCGCAUCCUGCGGGCGGAGUUGGCGGGCGGCCCCUUCCGCCGCCGGGCGCCGCUGUCCAGCAUGGUCACGCUCGUGAGGCCCUGCAACCCCUUCGCCGGGAAGGGGAAGAAGGCGGCCAGCUACUGAGGGGCCGCCGGCCCAGCGGGGCGCCCUCGCCUCCCCGGCGCGGCCUGGGCGCCCUCGGCCGGGAAUAAAAGACGGUUGUGUGCUCCGAGCCUCUGUGCCGGUGGAGUGAGGGGGGACGCUCUAUUCUGACAGUGGGGGCGGCUCAGACCCAGCCUGGGCCGCGCCAUGGGCCGGGCCCCAGGACGCCACCGUUCCAUGACAGCGACCGAGGUUCCCUGGAGGCCACGGCAGCACGGGCUCCAUCUGGGAAGGUUCCUGGCCAGAGUCGGGGCGCCUAGAGCUCCCGUGUCCUGACCAAGGCAGUGCAGGCGUUCUGACGGCCGAGCGCAGGCCGCCGGCUCUUCUGCUCACAGACUACCCAGUCGAAAACCCCUGUGUGGCCCGAGGCACCUGGCGACUGAGAGAGACUGACACUCGUCCCCGAGGGCGCCACGUCAGAGGUGGUGCAUGCAGAGGGCAGGCCCUCCUUCCCCAGCCCCAGGGCCUCCACGGGGGCACACCCCAGGACUCUGCACAGACACGGGGCUCCUCUGGGGCCUCCCUGCUCACCCCACCCAAAGGUGCAGCCUGCUCUCUUUGCUCCGGGGGCGUGGACUGGGCUGUUGACCCUCCGAGGCGCCGUGGGCCGGCUCGACACGGGGACAGACGGGAAGCGUGCGGCCACCCCUCCCGCUGAGUGGACUCACCUCUGGAGCAGGAAGGACUCCACUGCACGUGACCUUG